ACAUGGCGGCGCUGGACAGCGACGGCGAGGAGGAUCUAGUGAGCUACGGGACGGGCCUCGAUCCUCUGGAAGAAGGCGAAAGACCGAAGAAGCCGGUCCCUCUUCAGGAGCAGACUGUCAGAGAUGAGAAAGGAAGGUACAAACGAUUCCAUGGGGCCUUUAGCGGCGGUUUCUCGGCUGGGUAUUUCAAUACAGUCGGCUCGAAAGAAGGAUGGACGCCCUCUGCCUUCAUUUCUUCACGGCAGAACCGAGCAGACAAGUCUGUCCUUGGUCCUGAAGAUUUCAUGGAUGAAGAGGAUCUCAGUGAAUUUGGGAUAGCCCCUAAAGCGAUUGUUACCACAGACGACUUUGCUUCCAAAACCAAAGACCGGAUCCGCGAGAAGGCCAGGCAGUUGGCAGCGGCCACAGCCCCGAUUCCUGGAGCCACUCUGCUCGAUGACCUCAUAGCACCCGCAAAAUUGUCUGUUGGUUUUGAAUUGCUGCGGAAAAUGGGGUGGAAGGAAGGACAAGGAGUUGGCCCCCGAGUAAAGAGGAAGCCACGCCAGCAGAAAUCUGAUCCCGGAGUCAGAAUCUAUGGCUGUGCAUUACCCCCAGGGCAUUCGGAAGGAUCUGAGGAUGAAGAUGAUGACUACCUGCCCGAAAAUGCCACCUUUGCUCCCAAAGACGUCAUACCUGUGGAUUUUACACCGAAAGAUAACGUUCACGGACUGGCUUACAAAGGCCUGGAUCCCCACCGGGCACUGUUUGGUGUUUCCGGAGACCAUUUUAACCUCUUCAGUGCGGGAUCUGAGAGGGCCAGCCAUCUCUUUGGAGAAGCUGGGCUGAGUAAAGGAAGAAAGUUGGGAAUUUCAGGCCAGGCUUUUGGUGUCGGGGCCCUGGAAGAGGAAGAUGACGAUAUAUAUGCCACAGAAACCCUGUCCAAGUACGACACGGUCCUGAAGGAUGAGGAGCCUGGAGAUGGACUCUAUGGCUGGACAGCGCCCAAGCAAUACAAAAGCCAGAAAGAAUCAGAGCGAGACCUUCAAUACAUUGGAAAAAUCGUGGAUGGAUUUUCCUUGUCAUCUAAAUCUUUAUCUUCUAAGAAAAUUUAUCCACCCCCCGAGCUGCCAAGAGACUACCGGCCUGUGCAUUACUUCCGACCCGAGCUGUCUGCAACCCCAGAAAACUCCCGCUUGCUUCAAGUGUUAUCAGAGUCCUCUGGGAAGGCAGUGUGUAACCCAGGAACACAGAGUAGACACCAACUGAAUGCCGCCAAGCGAGGGGACUUGCUAGGCGAGACGCCUAUUCAAGGUUCCCCGACAUCAGUUUUAGAAUUCCUGUCCCAAAAAGAUAAAGAAAGGAUCAAAGAAAUGAAGCAGGCAACUGAUCUGAAAGUGGCUCAGCUCAAGGCCCGGGGCCUGGCCCAGAAUGCGCCAAGCGGCAGGCCCCAGUCUUCCUCCUCAGACGGCGGGCACUGCUCGUGGCAUGCGACACCAAGUGACAGGACAGCCAGCGCAAGAGCCAGCAACUUCAAACCUUUCGCAAAAGAUCCAGAAAAGCAAAAACGCUAUGAAGCUUUCUUAGCAAAUAUGAAACAGGGUCGCCACGAUGCCCUGGAAAGAUGUCUGGACCCUGGCAUGACCGAGUGGGAGCGGGGCCGCGAGCGUGAGGAGUUUGCGCGCGCGUCCCUGCUCUACGUGUCCUCCCACUCGACCCUGUCCUCCAGGUUCACGCACGCCAAGGACGAAGAUGACUCGGAACAAGUUGAAGUCCCCCGAGACCAAGAGAAUGACAUCAGCGACAAGCAGUCGGCUGUGAAGAUGAAGAAGUUCGGGAAGCUCACCCGAGACACCUUUGAAUGGCACCCGGACAAGCUCCUGUGCAAGAGGUUUAACGUCCCUGACCCUUAUCCCGAUUCAACGUUAGUUGGAUUACCUCGAGUGAAACGUGACAAGUACUCCGUCUUCAACUUCCUGACACUCCCAGAAACAGCUUCCUCGCCAGCAACCCCAACAUCAAGCAGAAAAAUACAGCAGCACCAAGACCUCAACAAAUCACGAAAACCUUCCAGAUGGGAUACUUCUAACCAAGAGAAGAGAGAAGAGUCCAGCAGUGAAUUUUUAAGUGUUGCUGGAUCAGCAGUUGGCACCCCAAAACAAGAGCCCAGUCCGUUAGUAAACCAAGAGGAAGAGCCUGUACCAGAGCCCUUGUCGGAGCAGAAGAUGGUAAACAAAGGUGCUGACUUGCAGACCGAGGGAGAAGCCAGCCGCCCAUCCAUGGACUUAUUCAAGGCCAUCUUUGCCAGCUCCUCAGAUGAGAACUCCUCGUCGUCGGAAGAUGAGCAGGGUGACAGUGAGGAUGAGCAGCCAGGCGCCGGGGAGGCCGACCUCACGCAUUCCUCAGAGACGGAUUUGGCGACAACAUCCUCAAUGACACUUGCCAGUGAGCCAGCGCCUCGGGCACCUGCCCCUUCCUUCCCGAUUCAGAAGAUGCACUUCGAUGAAAGAGAAGAGUUUGGCCCCCGGCUGCCUCCCGUCUUUUGUCCUAAUGCUCGGCAGGAACUUGAGGUUCCUCAAAAGGAGAAACCUAAAAAGAACAAAGACAAACACAAGCUUAAGAAAGAACACCGACGGAAGAAAGAGAAGAAGAAGAAGCACAGGAAGCAUAAACACAAAGGCAAGCAGAAGACUCCAAAAGCCGAGAAAAGUAGUAGUUCUGAGAGCACUGGCAGCAGUGACAGUCUGAGUGACGACGAAGGGGCUGCAGCCAUGUCACCCGAGGAGCUCCUCAGACGGCUGAAACGUCUUCCACUAAAGAGGCAGUGACGUAAUCCCAUGUUGGCCGGCCCCCAUAAGAUCUCCUCCAUGAUGGAAGAUCAUUGAUUGUACAGAUUGUAUUUAUGUAAAUUCGUGGUCUAAAAUAAUUUUUAGAACCUUGACAUUUCAAAGGCUGCCUUCGAAGUUGUAGAUAUUGAUUUCUAUUUUUAACUUCAGAAAGUGUUCCCAGGGGAAAAAAAUUCAGUGUACGCUUUAAUUCAUUAAAAUGGACUUUUUGUAUUUUUCGCUUGGGUUUUUGUUUUGUUUUGUAAUUUUCUUGGGACUGUAAACAGAAAUUAAACAUGAGGGUUUCCCCCUGGUUGUGUUAUGAAGGAAGCAGAGUCCACACAAAGGCCUGGGGGAUUCUUUUAGUGCAGGUGUCUUGUGGUUGAUGGCAGUGGCCAGAAGCCCCGUGGGUGUCACAGAG